AUGAACGUGGGGCAGUUGGUAUGUGGCGGCUUCCAGGGGACCACCGUGACCCCGCACGCCACUCGCCUAGUGGUUGAACAGCGAGUGCUGACGAUGAUCAUCUCGCGCAAAAACACCGUCGACGUCAAGCAGACGACGAAACUCCUUCGAGAUCUCCAGUGGUUGGCGUACUCUCAGGGGAACUAUACUUACCCGAUCAUGUUCUGCUUGGACGAGGAAGGUGGUAUGAUGAACUCGUUAUUUGACCCCGAUUUCUUGUCACAGUUCCCACUGGCCAUGGCCCUCUCAGCCACUCAGGACACUGACUUAAUUUACCAAUGUGCCAAAGCGUUAGCGGUGGAGCUUAGACGGAUUGGCUUCUCGAUGAUCUUGGGACCGGUGCUUGACGUGGUGACUAAGCUUAGCCAUCAAUUGGUGGGUGUGAGAGCGUUUGCUACUACGCCUGAGGAUGUGAUCAAAUACGGUCGUCUGUGUGCUAAAGGGUUUCAGGAUGGUGGUCUUCUCACAGUGGGGAAACACUUCCCCGGUAUCGGUAAUGCUGCUGUCGAUUCGUUAAUGGAAUUGCCGAUGAUGGUCGACCUGCUUGAUCAGAUCAGACAGUAUAAUCUGGUACCGUUUGCCCAGCUUAUAAAUGACGGGUUAUUGGAUGGGAUAUCCGCUGCUGGCUGUGGUGUCCCCACUAUUUCUCCUGACGAGACCCACGCGUGUUUGCUGCCGGUAUUGCUUACCCAGUUGCUUCGGCAUGAGCUUGGAUUUGAAGGGUUUGUCAUUUCCGAGUGUCUUGAGAUGGAGGCAUUAUGUCACUCUAUCGGUCUUUCACAGGGGGUGAUCUUAGCGUUGCUGGCAGGGUGUGAUUUAGUGCUUGUGUGUCAAGAUGAAGCAUUCCAAAAGGAAGCGCUAGAAGCUAUAUCCAAGGGGUUAGCCAACGGUAUCCUUGAAGAGGAAGCGGUGGCAACGCUGAUGCGUCGUAUUGAAGCUUUACAACGCCGGUGUCGCCCGUGGUCAGAGAUAUUCCCUCUGGGGAAACAAAAUGAGGAAGCUCUUAUACCGUUCAGAGAAGCAGAACCAGAACUAUGGCAACGCCACCAACUACUCUCGGUGACCGCUUAUAAGAAGCUGAUUACCCUAGUGAGAGAUCUACUGGACACUUUACCGUUAACUAAACACUUACCCGUCUCCGAACAACCUGCCAACGUGCUAUUACUCACCCCACUCCUCACGCCGAUCUACCCUUCAGUCCACGUGGAAAAUGAACCUCAACACAUGUAUAAAGGUGAAGAAGUACUCCAACAUUUUGGGGAUGCCCUCGCCAACCACCCGGCCAAUUUGGGCGACCGCCGCCGCUACAACGUCCUCCACACCACCUAUACCGCCAACGGGCUCACCCAGCUCCACGAGCUGCUUAUUGCCAGGCUGAAGGUGGUGAUCGUGCUCACGCUGGAGGCGCUGCGCAACAUGUACCAAAUUGGUAUCGUGAAGUACGUGCUGAUGCUUUGUGGGGCUCUGCCGGCGCAGGUGCUGGCACUGCUGCCAGCUCAGCUUAGCAAGCCUCUUGUGGUUGUGGCGACGCUGCUGCCGUACGACUUCUUCUAUAACCGCAGUUUGGGGCUGGCCUACCUCUGUUGCUACGAUUAUACCAACCAGGCUUUGGACCAAUUGGUGAAAGUGCUUAUGGGCGAUGAUAUCGCCGAUGGCUGUGUUCCUGGAGAAGAGAAGUUUAUCGGCAAACCUAGAGCGCAAGUACGGCUGCCGCUGAAACCUCACCGACGGUGGCUUGUCGAUGAAUUUGAUUUGACACGUGACUGGCAGGGUCUCCUAAAAUUAUGGGAAGCUAGUGCCCAUACCCCCGAUGACCGACACGCCUUUGACUACGGGUCUGAUGGGUUCUAUAAGCGACUUUACGCUCUUUUGGCCACCCGGGACCCAUCCCAAGGCCCGCAACGCCACUUUGUCGUCCGCAACUCGCUGUUGAACAUCCUUUACGGUGCCGCCCUCACCUGGGUCGACGACGACCACCGGGGACACCUUGUGUUCAUCGUGGUGGAUAAACUGAAGCGGCUCCAGCUGAUCGGCAAGAACUUAUAUACCCGUGCCGUGCGUUAUUUGGUGAAAGAGAGAGGGUGUGCUACCGUGCAAAUGGGGCUGUCGUUCCCCAUGGUAUCACCGAACAGUUCCACUUCUCCACUGGUGAAAUCGUUCUUGCUGCUGCUCCAUUGGCAACCUCAGAAAUUGCCCAAAAAGUACAUCAUGGUGCUCAGAAACAUGCCUCAAUGGCAAGUACCGAAAAAGAUCUUUAGGGAGUUGAUGAUUGUCGGUGUGAGGUUUGAUAUCUGUGCCGAUGCCCUGAAAUUGAUGCCGAUGGUAGCACAAACGUGUGGCACCACCAAAGCCCUCUAUCUUGAAGCCAUACGCUUAAUCCACAGUAACGGAGUCAAAAUCGUCACUGCCCUCGAACCGACAAACCAGCUGGUAAUUGGCCUGAUUGUGUUGUUCACCAAUAAGCUGCAAUUGCUGAAAUACUUCCCGUUUAUUGACGACUGUGUUGUUUCUGGUUCUGGAAGGCCUCCUAGAUUAGGCCUGCUGGAACUGCUUUCAACACUUACUGGCGAUCCGUCGGUGGCAGCGGCGGCACCGGUAGCGGGGAUCGUGGCUCCGUUAGUGGACCUGCUGUACUCAAACCUUACUGAAAUCCUCAAGUAUGGGCUCAUAUGUCUGGGGAUCACAUUGCUCAAACUGCUGGAGAGUGAUAUGGACGCGUGUGUGAUGAUUGGUGUUGAAGAUGGUAAGAUGAAGGAAGGCGCCGCCGAAAUCGGGUUUGCCGACUGGAAACUGUUCCACGAUGGAUAUGGUGUCAAAGCAGCCUCCGAACUCGCCCUCUAA